AUGGCAGAAGAUGCCGAGCCUGCUGGUUCGACCGUCACGGCACAUGUUCCGGCUGAUGCUAUGGGUGUCCCUCCACCCAUCGUGAUACAGACACACUACCAAGAAGAAACAGAAAAGAUCCCCAGCACAACGGAGGAUCUCUGGGUUAGUUCGGCAGAUGGACGGUAUUCGCGUCCGCCUAUACCAUUACGGGUCGGUCCUAUAAACAAUAUUCAAACCUUCUACGUCCAUAGAGAUAUUCUUCUUCAGGCUGAGUGGUUUCAGAAAGCUCUUUGCGGUAAUUUCAGAGAAGCUAGCGAACAAGUUAUUGACUUGCCGGAGGAGGAUCCCGCUAUUUUCCAUUUUCUAGUUGCCUUUUUGUACGAAGGCAGCUUCGAGCCCAUCAGGCCAGCAGCGAGUGUGCUAGAUCCCGAGAUCGACAAAGGAAAAGCUAUUGAAGUCGACCCAGAACCAGCAGAAACCUCGGAUUCGAGCUCAUCAGAUACCUCCAUCUCUGGAACAUCGAAUUCCUCAUGGCGACGACGUCGUCGAGCUCGACAAACCAGACCCGCCGAGACUGAAGAGAGUCAGGAGAAGCAGCCUGGCCAUCACCGCCCGGGAUGCCCUUGCCCUCGUUGUCUUGCAAGGCGUGAUUUCAAAAGGUGUUGGCAGUGUGGUGCCAGCCGAUCUCGCGAUGUCAACACCCACGUACCUUUACCUUUUGGUCGAGGGGGGCCCAGACAAGGUGUACGGCCUCCAGGAGGCAUCUUUCCUCCCACUGCAGGAAUUCCGAUGCCUUCCCUGCCGGAACUCCCCGAGCGCAUCACAGGCGAGGAUCUACGGACAUGGUUUCUAGCAUAUGAACUUAACCUCGAUGUUUACAUCUGUGCGAACCGCUUUCUCAUGGAUGACUUUAAAGGAACAGUGAUGCGCUCAUGCGUCGACAUGCUCGAGACGGCAGGCUGGGACGCCGCACAGCCAGAAAUGAUGCAUCUAUGCAGAAAGCUUUACCGCAGCGUUCCAGAGGUAGAUGAGUUGCUCAAAAUGGUGCUGGCGCGUAUAGGCUUCCUGCAACCAAUGUUAUGGAAACGCUAUCCUGAGGAAACCGGCGAGUUUCUGGUGAGUAAUCCAGAGCUGGCAGCUACUAUCCUAAGAGAGACGGUUAUGAGGCAUUCUCAGCCAACGGCAGACCUGCCGCCUAUGGAGGCUGCGCAUACUUCAGCCUACGACGAUGAGUGGCAGCAUCUGGGGCGGCGUCCACCUGUACGUAUUCGCCCCAACCGUUACGACUAG